CCAACUUCUGAAGAUAUUUCUACGCUGCAUGGUGAUGAUUCACCUGAUAUGAACGUGUGAUCAAACUAUUCCGUUAGCCCUGAGUCCAUUGAUGACGCAAUCUCUGCUGAAAACUGCAAGAAGAAUGCUUUGCUGUCAAAUGUGGCAGCGAUAAGUGAAAUGCUAGAGGAGGUUGAGGUUAGUGAGGCAGAAACAAAACAUGUUGUAUCCCAAGCAAGUCAAGCUGGCAAUGAUAUUCUUGUAAAGGCGGCGAAGCUAAAAGAAAUGUCUACACUAGCAGUGGAAGAGAACAACAAGGUUGCAGCAGAGGUUUUUGCUGAGAAAUCUAUUCUAGCCUCAGAAGCUCAGGGGCUCCAGUCCUGGUUGUUUGACAUUUCUGAAGAACGAAAACACUUCGUGUCGGUCAUUGACGAGAUGCACCAGACUCUUCAAAGAAGACUUGAUUUAGCAGAAGCAGAAAGAGCAGCUGCUGAGAUGGAAAUGAUUGAAAGGGAAAAAAUGGCUCAAGAAAUGCUGAAAGAACAGGAAGUCCUACUUGAUGCUGCCAAGGAAGAGUCUAAGAAGCUGGAGCAACAGGCAGAGGAGAAUGCAAAGCUGCGGGAGCUACUGAUGGACAGGGGCCAUGUUGUUGAUGAAUUGCAUGGAGAAAUGCUUGGAAUCUUCGGCAACAUUACGCAGCUCCAACGUAGAGUUGAUAUGCGAGUCCCUGCCGAGCAACUAGCUUCGUCGAUACUGUCCAGCUCAGUCGAGUCAGCAGCUGGCCAAUCCCCUGCUGAAGAACCACUGCAGCUCGCUCCAAUGAGCUUUCCCAGCCCGGUCCAAUCAGCACAUUCCGGGCUAAUUUAUGUUGAUGAGCCACUGGAACUAGCUUCAUCGAGCUUAGCAGGCUCGGUCGUAUCAGCGCCUUCAAAACUACUUCCUACUGGUGAAUCGCUGGAGCUAAGUUCAUCGAGCUUGGUCGGCUCCGUCGUAUCGGCACCUUCCAAACUGUUCUCUGUCUGUGAGCCACUUCAGCUAGCUUCAUCGAGCUUGUCUAGCUCUGUCAGAUCGGUGACUUCGGAGAGCAGCUGGUCUUCUGCCACGGAGUCGAAUUCAGGUUUCAAUGACGAGGAGGAGAUCGCUGUUGCUUCUCCCCGUGACAAUUUUGCUCUGGACGACACCUGGAAUGUAGUCGAAGAAGACGAGGAAUGCGUGUGCUAACCUUCUGGGCAUGAUGCUCGUGAUGUUCUAAUCCAUCCUUCAUUUUUUUCCGGCAAGAGUUAUUAGCAUCUGUCCGUACGUGCCGGAACUUGUUGCAGAUUUACGCAUGUUUUUUUGUUGAGUUUCAGAGAUUUGCGCAUGGUGAUAACGUGCUUUCAUGUUGGUAGUUUUCCUCUGUAGCUGGAACCUGCUCACAUGAGGGUCAUCAGAAAAGGUGACAAAAUUUGUUUAAUAGUGAUAUUAUUUGACAGUCACUCCAGGUUCGGCACAACCUUCGGUGAAAUAUUUGCUCGUUGCUGAU